UGCGCUUCAGUCUGGAAAACUGAGGCUGAAUCAUGAGGAAUAUUAGAGAUCAUAGGGAGUGGUACCGACAUUGUGCAAUAUGAAGACGUUAUUUGCGCUCUUGUUGCCUGUGUGAAGUUAUAAUGCUGCUGCGCGCGGACCGUCAUGAAGUGUUCGAGCUGAGAUAAAGUCGGACAGAAAGUUAUAUCGGAUACUGGACAUAAACAGGACAAACUCGCAAGAGCAAGAGCGUGAUUAGGUACCGGAGGAGAGAUGGGGAACGCAGGCAGUAUGAACCAACAAACAGACCCCAGAGGACAUCACAUGCCCCUCAAAGUGCCCAUGCCCGACCCGGGGGAACUGGAGGAGAGAUUUGCGCUCGUUUUGAACUCAAUGAAUCUGCCUCCAGACAAAGCAAGAUUACUACGACAGUAUGACAACGAGAAGAAAUGGGAACUCAUUUGUGACCAGGAACGAUUCCAGGUGAAGAAUCCUCCUCACACGUACAUACACAAGUUGCAGAGUUAUCUUGACCCAGCUGUGACACGGAAGAAGUUCAGGAGGCGGGUUCAGGAGUCAACACAGGUCCUGCGUGAGCUGGAAAUCUCAUUACGGACCAAUCACAUCGGGUGGGUGCGUGAGUUUCUGAAUGAAGAGAACAAGGGUUUGGACGUGUUGGUGGAGUAUCUGUCGUUUGCUCAGUAUGCGGUCACAUAUGAUGGUGACAGUUCUGAGAACAGCACAGAUAGCCCCAUGGAUAAAUCGAAACCAUGGAGUCGAUCAAUUGAAGAUCUUCAUGGAGGAAAUAACCACACAUUGUCUGUUACAGGAAUCAACUCCAGAACUGGCAGACAUUCAACACUAAGGUGUAAUACAUUACCCAGCAGGAGAACGCUGAAGAAUUCAAGAUUAGUGUGUAAGAAAGACGAUGUUCAUGUCUGUAUCAUGUGCCUACGAGCCAUCAUGAACUACCAGUAUGGCUUCAACAUGGUGAUGUCUCACCCACACGCUGUGAAUGAAAUUGCACUAAGUCUAAACAAUAAGAAUCCCAGGACUAAAGCUCUGGUUCUUGAGCUGCUGGCUGCCGUGUGUUUGGUUCGAGGAGGCCAUGAGAUCAUUCUGUCUGCCUUUGAUCAUUUUCAAGAGGUUUGUUCAGAAGAGCAGCGGUUUGAGAGACUGAUGGAGUAUUUCAAGAAUGAAGAUAAUAACAUUGACUUCAUGGUGGCCUGUAUGCAGUUCAUAAACAUUGUGGUUCAUUCUGUGGAAGACAUGAAUUUUAGAGUGCACUUACAGUAUGACUUCACAACACUGGGCCUGGAUGAGUAUUUGGACAAACUGAAGCACACAGAGAGUGAUAAACUGCACGUGCAGAUUCAAGCGUACCUGGAUAACGUGUUUGAUGUCGGGGCUCUUUUAGAGGAUGCAGAGACCAAGAACGCAGCGCUCGAGAGGGUGGAGGAACUCGAGGAGAAUUUUUCUCAUCUAACAGAGAAGUUACAAGACACAGAGAACGAAGCGAUGGCAAAGAUUGUUGAGCUGGAGAAACAGCUCAUGCAGAAAAAUAAAGACCUGGAUUCAAUUCGGGAAGUGUAUAAAGAUGCCAACUCUCAGGUGAACACCCUGAGGCGGAUGGUGAAAGAAAAAGAUGAGGCCAUUCAAAGGCAGUGCAACCUGGAAAAGAAGAUCCAUGAGCUGGAGAAACAAGGAACCAUCAAAAUCCAUAAGAAAGGGGAUGGGGACAUAGCCAUCCUGACAUCCCCUCCUAAUGGUCAUCUGCCCGGUUCAGGGGGUGUGGCUGGAAUGCCUAGUGAAGGCGUGGUCAUUCAUGGGGGUGUGGCUAACGGGGUGCCUGCACCUCCACCACCCCCUCCUCCUAUGCCAGAAACAGAAAUCGAGACUCAUCAGACCAGGCAACAUUUUUCCAGUCUUCAACUGUCCAAUUUUGUACCAAAUGGUCCGUCUGCUUCCCCACCACCUCCACCUCCUCCGCCCCCUCCUCCUCUCCCAGGCCCUGCUGUGGAUAUAUUUGCCCCUAUGCCUCCACCUCCACCUCCCAUGGCCCCUCCGCUUCCUGGCUGCGGUUCACCUACUGUCAUCAUGAACUCAGGGUUGGCAGCUGUAAAGAUUAAGAAACCCAUCAAGACCAAAUUCCGUAUGCCGGUGUUUAACUGGGUGGCGCUGAAGCCCAACCAGAUCAACGGCACCGUGUUCAAUGAAAUCGAUGAUGAGAGAAUCCUGGAGGAUCUGAAUGUGGACGAGUUUGAAGAGAUGUUUAAGACAAAAGCACAGGGACCAGCCAUAGACGUCACCUCCAGCAAACAAAAGACCUCUCAGAAAGGAGCAAAUAAAGUUUCACUUCUGGAUUCCAACAGGUGUAAAAACCUGGCCAUUACAUUGAGAAAAGUGGGCAAGACGCCAGAGGAAAUCUGCAGAGCCAUUCAAAUGUUUGACCUGCGGACGUUGCCGGUGGAUUUCGUGGAGUGCCUGAUGAGGUUCAUUCCGACAGAAGCUGAGCUAAAAGUUCUGCGGCAGUAUGAGAAGGAACGCAAACCUCUGGAGAACCUGACGGAUGAGGAUCGCUUCAUGAUCCAGUUCAGCAAGAUAGAGCGCCUCAUGCAAAAGAUGACUAUCAUGGCAUUCCUGGGGAAUUUCAUCGAGAUCGUUCAGAUGCUCACCCCGCAACUUCACGCCAUCAUUGCAGCAUCUGUAUCUAUCAAGUCCUCCCAGAAACUCAAGAAGAUUCUGGAAAUUGUCUUGGCUCUGGGAAACUACAUGAACAGCAGUAAAAGGGGGGCGGUUUACGGCUUUAAACUGCAGAGUUUAGACCUGUUAUUAGACACCAAAUCAACCGACCGCAAGAUCACACUUCUGCACUAUAUUGCGAAUGUAGUGAAGGAAAAAUACCAGCAGGUGUCGCUCUUCUAUAAUGAGCUGCACUAUGUUGAGAAAGCCGCAGCAGUUUCGCUGGAGAACGUGUUAUUGGAUGUGAAGGAGUUUCAGAGAGGCAUGGAUUUGACGAGAAGAGAAUAUAGUAUGCAUGGCCACAAUACACUGCUUAAAGAUUUCAUACAGCAAAAUGAGAACAAACUGAAAAAACUUCAGGAUGAUGCCAAGAUUGCUCAGGACGCUUUUGAUGAGGCGGUCAAGUUCUUUGGUGAAAAUUCAAAAACGACACCACCGUCUGUGUUCUUCCCAGUGUUUGUGCGCUUUGUGAAGGCGUACAGGCAAGCAGAGGAGGAUAAUGAACAGAGGAAAAGACACGAGCAGAUGAUGAUGGAGAAACUGAUAGAGCAAGAGGCCAUGAUGGAACAAGAGGACCAGAAGUCUCCCUCUCAUAAGAAUAAACGGCAGCAGCAGCAAGACCUGAUCACUGAGCUGAGAAGAAAACAGGUGAAGGACAGUAGACAUGUGUAUGAGGGUAAAGAUGGAGCCAUUGAGGACAUCAUCACAGUGCUGAAGACUGUCCCCUUUACCGCGCGCACGGCCAAACGGAGCUCGCGUUACUUCAACGAGGAGCUCCACUUCUAAAGCUUAGACUCUGUCUCUCUCUUGAAGGUCGCUGGAUAAAGCUGCUCUCUUUUAUUCUCUUUCUCCUUAAUUGUGUGUGUGUCUUUCACAGCCCUUCUCAUUGUGGGUUUCCGUGUGAUAUGAUGUCAUGAGCCUGCUCACAAUUCUUUUACAGCCAAACUCUUGCUAUCUUGCAUGAAGGGGGGUUUGGGGAGGGAAGGACGGAUAUGAUGUCAUCGCCGUUUUGUACUGCAUGGAGUGGGUCAUCAAGAAUUAACUGUCACACAAAACCAAGAGAAAACAUAACGUCACAAAUAACCAAACACAUUUGAAAUGCGUGUCGGGGUGUCUGCGAUCUGUGCAGUGAGUUUCGCUUUUAAAAUCAAGGUUUUUGUUUGUUAAGAGCGCCCUCUGUCGUUUGAACUGUAGAAUGCGGCAAACGCAUAAAUUGUCCACAUUGUAUUGUGGGUCGUUUUAAUCUCGUAUCGUUUAAGGUAUAAAAGAAAAAAGUCUGUAGAUGAAUGAUUGAUCUAUUUUUCAUUUGCAAAAGCAACUGCAUUUGUCACAAUCAAUGUAACAUCCUUAAAUUUGUUAUAAUGUUUUGAAGUGUGUUUGGCAUAGUCGUGACAUUAUGAUUUGCUCAUGUGUUCAUCAUGUGAGUAUAUUAUGUCAUUGAUAACUUUGUAUAUAACAGUGUAUUUGCUAUAUUCUGGUUUUGUUCCUUCACUCAUUUCCCAUCAUCUUAACCUGCUCUAGACAUCUCAUGUCACCUGACCUCAUGAAGCACGAUGACAUAUGAUUGUUUGCUUUUUUAAGGGUGUUUGGCACGUUUGCGUCAUUGGCUGUCUGCCCUCGCAUGAUGUAAAGGCCAUUUCUUGUUCACUUGCAUUGCUGUAGCCCAGUUCAGUGGGUGAAUCUCACACAAACUGCACUUUUAUAAAUACACCCACCACCAAAUGAUAUUAUAAUAUUAUAUUAUUCAUUUAUUAUGGUGAGAUAUUGUGAAAUAAUAAUAAUAAUAAUGGAUUUUCUUUAAAUGACACUGUUCGUCUAGCGAGUUGAGCUCAGAGUGCUUCACAUAUCAGUAAAUAAAAAGAUUAGGAAAGAUAUUCCAUCUCAAAUGAACAAAAAAGAAAGAUGAUAUAAAUAUUUAAGGUACAAUCAUUUCAGUACUAUAAUAUGAAAAUAUGAUAUAUUAAUAAUUGUAGAAUUUGUACUUGGGUAGUUUACAAAAAAAAUGUACGUGUGUCCUAUGUCAGCAAAAAAUGUUGAAAAAACGAUGAAGUUAAUCUUUUUAUGUAUACAUAUAAUAAUAUUAACAGUUUGUUUUCGAAAUUUUUGCUGUCACACCAUUUACGGUUUAUUUGUCAAUUACUUACCUAUCAACUGCUUUCAUUUUAGAAAUAAUUCCAUGACUGUAUUACAGUAUUGAGUUUAGUCACAAUAAUAAAUAUGGGUGUGGAUGCGCGUCAUGAUCCUCCUAAAACAGGCUUGAUGAGAUUCACCCACAUGUCCUUCAAUGUGCAUACCUGCAUGAGCUUAACGUGUGUCCUGGCUCUUCUGGGAAGUUUCUGUGGUGACCUGUCGUUUUUUACUGUUUAAAUAUAAAGUGAUCAAACAGACAUCAGUGUUUGCUUUGCUGUAUUUGGACGCUGAAGUCAUUGUGCAGAGCAGUUUGAGUCUUAGAGUUCAUUACCGCAGUAUCAGCAGCGCUUCUGCCAUCCAUAACACCCUACCUGUGACCUUUCACCUUUCCUGUUUGAGCCCUGGGCAGCUUGGCUCGCCGUGCCGUGUCAUGACCGGUGUCCGGUCCAGUCUAACCUCCAUUUUUGUCUCCUCUCCACUCAGCCUUAAAGAAGAAUAAUAUCACUAAAUUUCCCAAUGUGCACUCGAGGGUAAGGAACUCUUCCAGUAGUACCUCAGUGGAUGCUACUCAGACCUGGCAAGCAUCUCUCUCUUCAU